CAUCAUUUCUUCGUAUAUUGAGAUGAUAUAUAUCAUGUAAAUAGAACAUUUUAGAUACAAAAAAUCGACGAAAGUUAUACGAUGUUGUAAAAGAAAAGGAUGAAAAAAAUCAACAGAUCAUAACUAAACAAUAUGUACGUAUUGCUGUUCUAUCUGAAACAAUAUCGAAAUUUCGCGAGAAAAUGGCAACUCAUAAAGCUAACGUUAACAAGCAGUUUAAAGAAAUUAUGGACGAACAAAAUUUUUUUUAUACUUCAUAUUGGAUUAUGAAAAAUCGCUUCAUUUCUGAACAGAAACAAGAUAGAGUUCAAUUAACUAUAACAGCAACUGAAUAUAAAUUGACAAAAAAUUACUUAGAACGACUUGUUAAGAAAACAGAAAAUUUACUAAGACUUCUUUUAAUUUGUAACAAAUAUGAAACUAUAAAUGAAAAUAUAUAUUCUUAUACUCAUUAUAAAGAAUUAAGUCCUAGAAAAAUAUUUAGUACGUUCGAGUUGAAAGGAAGUGCGGAGUACAAGUGGCCAUUGAAGAGCUAA